CCCCCAACCCACCACCACCCCUCCAAACGCCGCCGUCUCUCUCCCACCACCACCUCGGACCACCUCUCCACCUUCCUCUCCCUCACCGAAACCCAACCACACCUCCACCCGGAUGCCCAACUCUCGCGCGAAGGAAUACGUUUCCCCACCCAUACUGGCUCGAAAGGCGGACUCGCACUACACCAUCUCCGACGAAUAUUGGCGGGGUUGCGAGGGGAGAGUCUCGUGGCGGAGAACGAUGUCGAACGAUGGACCGACGACAUCGGCUCUGAAGCCGCGUUUGGCGAGCGCACACAAGCUGGCGCGAAGGGCACUGUGGCAGGAGGGGAGGGAGAUUGGCAGGAGCGAGAGGGGUACGAGCUCGAGCAACGACCACUGGAAGGCGACGUGGGCGAUCGGGACGGUGCGCCGGUGGUCCGGCAGAAUGGGGCACCGCCUGCUGUGCCGCACGUCACGGACGAGCAGGCUGACGGGGACGAGCGAGCGCAAGCAGUUAUGGAAGCGAAGAGAAGGGGAGGGAAGGGGAAAGGGUUGACGGAAUCGGAGAAGCUUGCCCGUCGCGCGGCGAAGAAGGAACGGCGGAGGGCGGAGAAGCGGCAGAAG